GAGGUCGCAUUCCUCUAAUACACAUAAACGAUAUUUGAUUUCAACCAUAAACAUGGCUGUACAUUUUUUUGAUAUUAUGGCAUACAUUAUGAUGUACCUAGGUUAUCCGAUUUUCGAUAAAGGUGCAUUUGACAAUUUUGAAACCAGUGAGGAAUUUAAUCCACUGAAUAAAAGUGAAACAAUACGACUUCAUGGGAACUACCACAAUUUUGUUUAUAAACACUGUAGUACAGGUGGCACGAAUGAAACAUGCUAUGACAUUAUACAAGAUUACCCACCAGCAAUCACAAUUUUCAGGAUUGGUGUUUGGUGUCAUUGGGAACUGGUCCUAGUUUACAUCAUUCCUUUCGGUAUUGUCGUGGCGUGUUGCGAAACCAAGAAAUAUACAAAAUAUCUUGUACCUUUUGUGGUUUUGUUUUGUGAAUCUGUUAAUGCUGUGGGCUUUGUCAUUUAUGCACAAGUGAUAGGACCUUCAGUAGGAUUCAAAUGGAACGACCUGACCUACUUUUACUACUUCGGGGUCAUAAGCCCUACAAAACUGAUUAUAGCGAUUCUGUUCAUUUACAAAGGUUUCAAAUUCUUGAAAAAGUCGAUGAAAAACUGUGGGUUAAUAAAGAAACCCAUACAAUAUGAGGGCUUUACAAACGAAACUGAGGUGUCAAGUGACUGGAUGUAGACAGAUCAGCUGGACAUAUGUAGGACAAUGUCAUGUACGAACAGUCGUAGAACAGUCCAAAUACAGAGACAGAGAGCCUCAAUACGAACAGAAACCUAUUUUGAUACAAAUAAAAUCUGUAUUUAAAUGUCAACAUAUAAGGAGGACUUGCUUGAUAUAUGUAAUCUCAUUACUAACAUCAUGUUUAAGAGUACCUGUCAGAAAGAACUUGCUUGAUGUAUGUACUCUCAUUACGAACACCAGGAUGUUUAAGUAUGCAUGAAAUAUGUAGACUGUGCUGAGUAUGGACAAUCUCGGAUAUGUCGGAGUACCUACCUGAUACAUGUAGUAUCUGUACAUCUGCAAUAUAUAAACAGCCUCAAUAUAAAAUGCAACAUAUAAGGAUUGGCUUGAUGUUUGUACUCUCGUUACAAACACCUGGAUGAUAAAGAGUAGUUGAAAUAUUAAAAUGAGCCUUAGACGAACAAUACUGCAUAAUAUAAUCAACCUCAAAAAAGCAACUGAUGAGUGUAGCCUCGUUAUGUCCACCAGUAUGUUUAAAAAUACCUAACUGUAAUAUUAAACCUCAAUACUAACACAACGGCAUAAUAUCAGAAUCUUUAAUAAGAAGAACUUUCGUGACAUAUACAUGAUUAAAGUCUCAUUAUACACUCAGAAUGUAGAGUACAGGCUUCAGUUUGAAGGUCAGCUUGUAACUGCUUGAUAUUAGUAUCGAUAUGAUGAUACAAAGAGUAAUCAAGAAGCUAUUAUAUUUCUUACUCUUGCUAGCUCAUAGAAACAUAAUUUGUUUUAAUAUGCUAAAAUGAGAAACGUUUUACCUUGCAAAAUCGUUUCCAAGGCAAUGUCAUUACUAUCACCUUCACUUAUAGACUUAGUGUAGCCGGGACUUCUGUUAGCAAUCAGAUGUUACUAUACCAACAAUAAAACAUAAGACCAAGUUUUAAAA